AUGCUGCCGAGGGAGGAAGGCGGGCGAGGGCAGAGCGGGACCCCGGCCCAGGCGGCGGGAUUCCUUGGAGUCGCCUCGGGGGUGCCCGGGCUGCAGAGGGGGUGUGCGAGUCCUGGAAGUAAUCUCUACAGCAGGCACAUCCAGAUAGAUGGAGAGAUGCUGGCAAUUCAAGUCCAAGAUACUCCAGGAGUCCAGGUCCAUGAGCACAGUCUGGACUGUAAUGAGCAGCUGAACAGAUGCAUUCGCUGGGCAGAUGCCCUGGUGAUUGUCUUCUCCAUCACGGACUAUCAGAGCUAUGAACUGCUCAGUCACCUCUACCAGCACGUUCGACAGUUGCAUCCUGGAAACGCAGUCCCUGUUGUCAUUGUUGCAAACAAAGCUGAUCUCUUGCAUAUCAAAGAAGUGGAGCCUCAGCAUGGACUUCAGCUGGCCAACAUGCUGGGCUGUACUUUCUAUGAAGUAUCAGUCAGUGAAAACUAUAAUGAUGUCUUCAAUGCCUUCCAUCUCCUUUGUAAAGAAGUCAGUAAGCAGCAAACAACCAGCACCCCUGAGAGGAGGAGAACCUCUCUCAUUCCACGCCCAAAAUCGCCCAACAUGCAGGAUCUGAAGAGAAGGUUUAAACAAGCUUUGUCUGCCAAAGUGAGGACUGUCACUUCUGUUUGACAGCAGAGCUGUUGGUCUUCCUAACAUUUAGCCCAAGAUUGAAAACUGGGGUGUUUAACACUGGCACAUCUAGAGUCUGAGGCAUUGUGAAAGAAGGAUGGUUCAGGUAGCCUGAACCAUUUUCUGGCUGCAGAAACAAGCAGUUUCUUAUAAAAGGAACAGUGGCAGAUCAGAAAAGAAAAAAAAAUACAGAAACUCUUGAAAUGGUUCUAGGAUG